CCCUGCGGGAAGCCGCCCCCUGCUGGCCCAGAGUUAACGCAGCUCAAACCUGGGCAGGCAAAUAGCAGCCUUCCGGAGCCAUGGACGCUUCCCGGCGAGCGGCCGAAGUGCUUGCCUCGCUCACUUUCCAGGCCCCACUGGAUCCCCGCUCCAGGUCUUCACGCUUCGACUUCUACGAGCAGGACGGUGUCGGCGAGAACACGGAGGAGGAGGCGACUGAGGAGGAGGAGGAUGAUUUUGAUACUGACAUUUCUAUGGUGGAUGAGCAAAGCCUUCAUGAGAAUAGGAGCUAUGAGGACUUAGUGAGCACUUCAGAAAUCUGUGACUCCAAUCAAGAGUAUUACAGGAAACUUGAAGAGCUGAAGGCAGCCCACAUGAAAGCUAUGGCAAAAUUGGAGAAACUGUAUCAAAAUAAAUUACAUUUAAAGGGAGUGCAGCCAGAGACCACAAAGGAAGAAAUGCCUGGCGCGUGUUUUAACUCAGUAUGGAUCAGCUCCUCCUAUCAACCUGCCAUUUUGCAAAAAUCAUUUUCUGAGCCUGAUUUGAAUCAACCUUCUUCCAUUAGUGUAUCAGAUAUGUCUGAAACUGGAUUUUCCAAUAUAGAAAGAGAAAAUAUGAAUGCAGUCAAAAUGAUGACUUCUGCUAAAGAAUACAUCAAGAAUAUGUGGAACAAUUUUUCUGUGAAGGACUAUGCUUAUACUCACUCUGACAGUUCUGAUUCACCAAUAGUUGAAAAGUCAGAGAAGAAACCAAAGGAGUGGGUGCCAAAGAUUACAGUGCCUAAGCCCUUUCAAAUGACCAUCCGAGAAGACAGGAAAAAAGAAGAGUGGCUCAAGGCUCAGUCAGAGAGAGAGAUGGCCUUUAAACUGCUGAAGAAGCAAGAAGAAGAAGAACUAGCUCGGAAAAAAAGGUUCCGAGCCAAUCCUGUGCCUGAGUCUGUCUUCCGUCCCCUUUAUCAUGAAAUACUAGAGCGGGAUGAAGAAAGGAAAAAGAGCGUGAAGGAGAGAAGCAGAAAAAUCCUUCUGACCUCCCAGAGGCCUUUUACGUUUAUUGCAAGGGAAGAGCGGAAGAAAGAGGCCCGGAAGGUACAGCUGGCUGACGCACUGGAGCCUGAAAAGAGGAAGAAUCAGUUUAAAGCCAAACCGGUCCCCAGGUCCACCUACAGCUCAACUCUCAGCGACAGACUAAAGGAGGAGGAGUUCUUCAGAGACAUUAGGAUACACGUGAGAGCGCAGGAGCUCUUACGGAACUCGUCACUGCCCAGAAACAUGAAAGCUCACCAGUCCCCCUCCAAAAGGAAGCCAAAGCACCCAGAGCAGGGUGAGAAGACCAGGUACAGGAACAGGGUCAAGUACCAGGUGCCUGACUUCAGAACCCUCCACACCAAGUUUCAGAAGCAGCUCUUGGAGCAGAAGAAUCCCAGGCCCACCACAGUCUGUGAGCCGUUUGAUCUCCUAACUUUGCGAAUCCCAUCCAAAAAGGAGAAAAUUUUGGAAGACAUUCAAGCCGAUGAAGAACGUUUAAAAGAAACACGCUGGCCCUAUCUAUCUCCUCGUGGAAAAGUACGGGCAAGGCGCUCAAAGACCAAGUAUCCCUUUUGUGAAUCAAGUGAAUCAGAAUCUCCCAGACCUACUGUGUCUUCAAGAAGGAGACAGCAAGCCAUCAGGACAUCCCUUGAGGAAAAGAAAACAUUAGAAGAGGACCAGAAACGGAAUCUAGCUAUGCAGAGUCAAAGAAUGAGAGAAUUGCAAAAACUCCUGAUGGCCCGAGCUCGGGCCAUUGACACACACCAAAGUUUAGCUCAGAUGUCUAAAUCCAGAAUGACAACACUCAGAAAGAAUGAGAAGGAAAGGAUGAAAGAGUACCUAGAAGAACUAGAAGAAAUAGAAAAGAGGCUGCAGAAGAAGCCAUUACUGCUUGAAAGAGUUGCUCAGAAAAAUGCAAGAAUAUCAGCAGAAAAGUGUUAUUCUAACACCUUAAGAGGACUAGGACUUUGUGAUGAGUUUGUGUCAAAGAAAGGCCAAAAUGCGGAGUACUUGACAAACCAAGAGAUUGAAAACUGCUCUGAAGAUGAAGUGAGCUUUGAUGAAGACAAAUUAGGAGAACACUGGAGAGAAAAUGAUCAGGAAGACUUUGUCAGCUGAGAUGUUCUCAAUCAAGACAAUAAAAAUCAUGGAGAUAGUUCAGACGAAAACUCCACAUUGUUGGAGAGGAAAGUGGGAAGAAGGAAAGCUUUUUAAAAGUACCAUAUUUCUGUUGGUUAUAGCCAACAACUAACUGGCUUGUGUUAAGUACAUCCUUGGAGACACAUUUUUCAAAUACAGGUCUGCUGCAGUCUGGAAAAUGAUGGAUUUCUGUAUACAUUUUUUUUUUUAUCCCAAAUCAUUGCACAUACAUGCGUUGUUAAGUAAAUCAUGUACACACCUCUUUCAAAGAAAUGUAAAGAAAUUUUUUAAAAAUUGUGUUAAUAUUCAAUUAUGUCUUCAGCAUUGUUUUUUUUCUUUGCACUCACCAUUGA